CACCAACACCGUCCUCAUAUCUGCACUCGACGAACACGAGGCGACCGCUGUGUGCAUCCCCGCGCUGUGUUGUUGCCUUGAGCUGGUCGAACCGCGAUGGCAACGAACCCACAGGAGGAGCAACCGCUUCUCGAAAAAGGGCCUCAGGUUUUCGACGAAGAUAAAGCAAAAGGCGGCAACGUGUACCACUUCGACCCCGAUGCUCCGCCAGAGCAGAAGGGGGCAGAGGCUCUGCGGGUCGCGCAGGACAAGCUCGCGCCCAUGAAAGGGGUCGGUGAAAACACAGGGGCUAAGCUGGCACAAGGCAUUUCGGCUGCGGUGUCGACUGCCGCCCCAUUCGAAAUCCCAAGCAUCGUCGUUGAAGACUCGGACAAACCUGAAGAAGUCAAACCAGAUGGUACACCGGCCCCUGUCGUCAAAGUAGAAGGGAAGGAUGAAGCGACCGAAGAAGCCGCACCCACCACCACCAAGUACACCAUUCCGGAUUGGUAUAUCGUCGGCUGGCGCCAGGCGCUGGGUCUGGACAAGCCACCUCUCACCGAAGGCGAAGAGAAGGACAACGCCAUCCUCAGCAAGUUUGUGAGCGAGCAAUUCUACGUGGCUUGGUACAACAAUGCAGGAAUCAUCGUCUUCGCUGUUCUCUCUUCACAUUUCGUCACCUGGCUUGGCUUCGGCUGGGGAUGGCUCCUCGUCAUCCUGGGCGUCUGUUAUACCCACUAUACCACGACAGUAAAACGCUUCGAACGCGAUGCCCGGGACGACAUGGUUCGCGAAAUGACUAAAGCAAAGCGGGGCCCUGAUCAUCCGGAGACUGUUGAGUGGAUGAACGGCUUCCUGGAGCGCUUCUGGAACAUCUACGAACCCGUCCUCUCUGCGACCAUCACCACCUCCGUUGACCAAAUCCUCAGCAUCAGUACACCGACCUUCCUCGAUGCCCUUCGUCUCUCUGAAUUCAGCCUUGGAAGCAAAGCGCCGAGAAUUGAAAAGAUUUGGACCAUGGUGGAAGAGGAGGACGAUGUCGUCCAAAUGGACUGGGAUAUCUCUUUCGCCCCCAACGAUGUCGCCAAUAUGACUAUUGCUCAGGUGGACAAGAAGCUCAACCCUCGAGUUCUUCUCGAGAUUCGAAUUGGAAAAGGACUUGCUGUUGUGACCAUCCCCGUCUUGGUUGAAGAUAUCACUGUGACUGGCCGCAUUCGGAUUCGGAUGAAGUUGUCUGCGGAAUUCCCCUAUGUUCAGGUCCUCGACUUCUGCUUCAUGGAGAAGCCAGUUAUCGACUACUCCUUGAAACCUCUUGGUGGAGAUACCUUUGGUGUGGACAUCACCAACAUUCCGGGUCUAUCCUCGUUCAUUCGGGACACUACGCAUUGGGUCCUUGGUCCCAUGAUGUACCACCCCGCCAUGUACCGUCUCAACCUGGAGCAAAUCAUGUCAGGAAGGCCACUCGAAACUGCUAUCGGUGUUUUGGAAGUCAUGGUGCACUCGGCUCGUGGUGUCAAGGGGAGCAGUCUCGGAGACAAGACUCCCGAUCCUUACGUUUCCCUUGCUAUCGACCAACGCCCCGCAGUUGCUCGUACUAAAUGGCGAAGCAACACGACCAACCCUACAUGGAUGGAAACCAAAUACGUUCUGGUCAACAAGCUCGAAGGAAAGCUCAACCUCCAUGUCUAUGACUAUAACGACCGUCGGUCGAACGUCAAGCUUAGCACGGCAUCCUUCGAUUUGGCACUGCUCAGGGAAGACUCCGUUCAGGAGAAUAUUACUAGUCGGUUGAUGGACGGAGAAAAGGACCGUGGCGAGCUGCGAUACAACGUCACUUACUAUCCCGUCAUUGAACCUCCCGAACCUGGCGCCGAGACUGCUGACAAGGAUGAAGCAAUUGACACAGAGGAUUCAACUAUCGGUAUUGUUCGACUCGUCAUUCACCAAGCGAAGGAGUUGGACACUGCUACGUCUCUGAACGGCGAACUCAGUCCUCUCGCAAAGGUCUACAUCAACAAUGGUCCCAAGUCCUCAUUCACCACCGCAACCUAUAAACACACACUCAACCCCGUCUGGGAAGCUCCCUAUGAAUUCCUCUGCUCGUCCAAGGACACCGACAUCAUCACUAUCAAGGUUAUCAACGACCGGGAUUUCCGACGCAAUCCUACUAUUGGUUUCAUGUCCGUUGCGUUGAAAGAUCUGUUGGAGUGCAAGUCGUAUGGCAAGGAGUGGUUUAAUCUGAACGACUGCAAGUCUGGCAAGAUUAGGGUAUCGGCGACUUGGAAACCUGUUGCGAUGUCGGGGAGCUUGCAUGGUGCGGAUCGAUAUGUACCGCCGAUUGGUGCUGUCAAGUUAUGGAUUAAGAAGGCGGUUGAUGUUAAGAACGUGGAGAGUGGCUUUGGUGGAAAGAGCGAUCCCUAUGUUCGGGUGCAAGUCAGGAAUGAAACCAAGGGCAAGACCAAGGUCAUCGAUAAUAACCUCAAUCCUGUUUGGGACGAGAUUUUCUAUGUUCCUGUUCACGACCUGACCGAGUCAAUCAUGAUGGACUGCUUCGACGAGCAAACGGUGACAAAGGAUCGACCUCUCGGCUCUGUCGAACUCCUCGUAUCCCAAGUGGCCAAGAAGAGCGACGACCCCCGCACACCCUACGAAUCCACUGGUACGAAAAAGGCCGCCGAUCCUCUCGUUCUCAAGAGGGACAAGACCAAGGGCGUCUUGCACUACGAGGCUACCUUUGUUCCAGCGUGGCAGGUGGAUAUUCAGUUUGACAAGCAGAAGGGGCAUCCCAAUGCGAAGAAAGUCAAGGAUGACGAAGAUGGUGGAGAUGUGUCAGAUGCGUCUAGUGAUCAUGCUGAUUCGUCGCCGGUUCGUAUCACGUAUAGGCCUAGCAAGAGGCAUACCCUAUCCAAGAUCAAUACGAAGGUUCAGGCUGAAGACGGUGAAGCUACGGCGGUGCCUGGAUCGCCUACUGAGCCCAGUCCCACCGCGCCUUCGACUCCCCCUCAGUCUGCGGCACCUGUUCGUAUCCAGUACCCUGUGGAAGAGUUGUUGGCUCAACAAUCCGGCAUCAUCGUGGUGAACGUCGUCUCAGGUAUCCUUUCGGUCAAGGGACGUAUCGAAGUCGCCUUGGACGAUUUCGAGUGGCCUUGUGUCAGCACUCCUAAGUCCAGGAGCAAGUCUGCCCGCUGGGAGUUCGUUGGCGAGGGCUUUAUCAAGGAGAUUGAUUUCGGACAGGUUCAUCUGUACUUGGAUGCGGCCGAUGAGGAGGGUGAGGAUAAGGUUGUUUCUGAAUGGAAUGGGCCCGUGAAGGACUUUUUGAGGGAUACUUUCGAUGGACCGAAGGAAUACGUCCUUACUGAUAAGAACGGGAAGAAUCCUUCGACGGUUCUGGUCGAAGCUCGCUACAUCCCUGUUUCGAUUGUCCUCGAGCCUCGGGAGACUGUCAGCAACCAGGGUAUCCUCCGUGUGACUCUGCUUGAUGGAGAAGACAUCCUCGCUGUUGAUAGAGGAGGCACCCGAUCGGAUCCUUACGCUGUCUUCACCCUGGACGGCUCAAAGGUUUUCAAGUCUGAGCCUCACAAGAAGACUCUGACCCCAGUGUGGAAUGUUGAUUUCGAAGUCACCGUUCCCUCCCGUGCUGCAGCCGACUUCCAGAUCGAAGUGUUCGACUGGAAUAGGGUCGAAUCAGACGAAUCUCUCGGCAGUGCCCAAAUCGACCUCCAGUCCCUCGAACCCUUCCGAGCAACCGAGCGCAUUAUCGCCCUUUCUACACCCAAGCACGGUCAAAAGGGGCGUAUCCGCCUUCAACUCCUUUUCAACCCUAUGAUCAUCGCCAAGACUCGAAAGACUGCGUCGACGUUUACCAGUGUUGGAGGGAGGGCUAUGACGCAGAUUGGCGCUCUUCCUGUUAACGCGGGUAAGGGUGUUCUGCAUGGUGUUACGAGUGUAUUUAGUAGGGAUUGAGCUCACCAUAUGAACUACUACAUUUUGAGAUGCUUGAUACAUACCUGCAGUUUCUUUGGAUGGAUGGACUGCUAAUGACCACUUUUUACUUACUAACGAGGACACUAUACGCUAGGCCCCCUUGUACUUUGCUUGUUGUUGUAAAUACAUCUAUUUUCUCUCUCG